AUGAAUAACAAUGCUCAACGAGAUUUAUCUAUAGAAAAACUUAAUUCACUAAUCUAUCUCGAUUGUGUUAUUAAAAAAGUAUUUCGUUAUUCUCCACCCUUUACUGGAACAUAUCGUAAAUUAACAACUGAUGAUUAUUUACCAACAAGUGGUAUUCAACUAUUCAAAGAUGAUCAAAUAUUUAUUCCAAUUUAUAAUCUUGCAGUUGACACUAAAUUAUGGUCAAUUGAUCCAAAUAAAUUCUAUUCAGAAAGAUUUUUAGAUCAUAAGCUCGACAAAAUCAUCAUCCAUAUACAUGGAUUCCAUUUGGUACUGGUCAUCGGCAAUGUCUUGGACAAGAUUUAG